AUGUCUCGCCCCCUCUCUGCUUCCCCGCUUCGCAGCCUAUCUGGUGCAGCCCUCGCUGAGGACACGGGCGUCCGAUACGGCAAGCAGGCCAUCUCCCAGCCGAUUCACAUACAGACUAGUCUCGACGACGAGGACUGCGCGCCGCGAGAAGAGGACGAGCAGGAGUUCAUCUCAUCGCCUCGCGUUUCGUCUCCGCAGCCUUUCGCUUCUCCUCCCUCGUCCUCGCCCUGGCAUCUGUCCUCCUCUGCGCCUAGCACUCCUUGUCUGCGCGUACGACGAGUCGAAAGCGACGGUAGUGGUAGCUGCAGUGGCAGCGUACUUUCGCAAGAUUACGUGUCCGGAUUCGAGGUCGAGCGUCCCAGCAGCAGAAGUAGCAGCAGCAGCAGCAGCAACCGACGGGUAGCGCACGUCUUCCGCCGUCCAUCCUCGCCUUGGUCUUUUGGAGGCAAGAAACCAUCGCAGCCUCUGCAAUUCAUCGAGCCUGCCAAUCCUCGUAGCCCUCGAUCCUCCCUCUCAGGUGGCUCAAGCCUUGCAAGACGGCUGGCUGCACUACCCUCGCCUCCUACAACUCCACUCUCGUCGUCGCCCUUUGCCGUCAUGGACAAUCUCUUCCGCAAGAAGAAGUCGAGGACGACCCUCAAUGAGUCGAGCACAGAGACGUCCAAUAGCAGUCGCAUGUCGUAUGACCGCUCGUCAUAUACAUCGCGGCCGUCGAUGUCCGGGUCCACGGCGCCCUCGAUGAUGAACAUCAGCGGGCCCAGCAGCAACCCACACGUCAGUAAAGAAGGCAGAGGGGGCGCGAGACCGGGCGGAUCUGCUGCUGGUGGGAUGCUCUCAGCGUCAGGCUCGAGCACAGGGGACUUCUACCCUGCCAUGAAUCGCAGUCGUGGGGGCCCUUACAGCUCUGCAGGAGGAAGCAGCGCAGGCUACUAUGACCCAUCUCACUCCAGCCGUGCCUCGACGUCCGUAUCAGAUACGAACAGCAUUCGCGCCACUACGACCAACGAUGUCGUCAACCGCAUGUCAACAGCAUCGUCCUCCAUGGUCCCUCAGCCGAUGAAUGGCUCACCAGACGUCUAUCAGCGCUCAGUCGGCGCAGGUCAUCCUUCACAUCAUCCACGCCAGCCAUCGACGAGCAGCUUCAGAGCUCCGUCCAUGGCUCCGUCAGCCCCACCUCCAGCAGGGGAAUUCUACAUGCCUCGCCCACCCGACGUUGAGGUGGAGCGCAUGUUUGCCGAGCUCAUGGAUCGUCGCGACUUUCUCGGCGGCAACGCAGCGGAUAAGGACAGCAUGCGGCGCAACAUGCUCCUCUUCAAUGUCGACAAGAAGUGGGCGCUGGUCUACAACGAUCGCCUCACCGAAUGGAUGUCGUCCAAAGAGCGGGAGCGUAAUAGACGUCAGCAGGCGAACGUGGCGGGCAACCCUCGCGGUAUGAUCAUCACACGCAAUUCGCCAGAGUGGUUCAUCAAGAAGUUCAUGGACGGUUCGGUCACGACGAAGGAUAUCGAGAGCCUGGCAGUCACGCUGAGGACGUGCGCCAUUGGCUGGAUCCAGAGCUUCGUCGAGGCAAAGGGCACGCCUGUGCUGGCUAGCUUCCUCGGCGGACUGCACGCCAAGUCAUUUCGUACCGACAACGACAUCGCUCUCGAGUACGAGGUGCUCAAGGCCUUUCGCUCGCUGUUCAACUCCAAGCCGGGAGCCAACGAUGCCCUCGCCCAGCCCAAGUGCAUCUCUGGCAUCACACACUCGAUGAUUUCGGCACAUUUGGCUACACGCAAGCAGUCUGCCGACAUCUUGCUCUUCCUCUGCCAUUGGGAGAAGCCGACGGGCCAUCGCCUCGUCCUCCAGGGCUUCGACGACAUCAAGGCUUCGCAAGGGGAUCACGGCCGCUUUGAUGCGUGGUUUCGCGUCCUGGAGCAGACCAUCGACGGCAGAGGGACGAUGGGCAGUCGAGUGGGCGCAUCAGACGAGGUCAAGAAGCUCAGCAUCGUAGGCCCGCAAGAGUCGUCGCUCAACGAGUACGCCAUCAACAACAUGUUCCUCAUCAACGCGCUGCUGUCGACGGACAUCGUGCCCGAGUUCGAGGUGCGCGUCCAUCUGCGCAAUCAGAUGGAGGCGAGCGGGUUGCAACGCAUCCUCAUCAAGAUGAAGGCGUUCAAGAAUCAGGACUUGGACGCUCAGAUCAACCUCUUUGAGACGUCGUCGAGCUCGGAUCACGAGGAUGUGGUCGAGACGUUCAACCGCGACGUCCUUACCGACAUGAGCGAUCCGGUGGACGUCUUCAAGGCCAUCGUAGAGAAGGUCUCUGGUUCUCGCGCCUAUGACUUCUUCCUCAGCUCGCUGCAGCAUCUCCUCUUGAUCAGGCAGGAGGGAGAUCACCUCGUGCACUGGUACCAGCUCAUCGACUCCCUCGUCACCUCCGUCGUCAUGGACCGCAAGGGGGCGGUGGAACGCUCCGACAUCUCGUCGCUCCUGGGCACCUCGGUCAACAAUGUCCUGUCGCGCUUUGCAGAUCAAGAUCAUAUGCAGUCCAUUCAGUCUGAGCUGCAGCGCUUCAAGAACGAAGCGCGCGCUGCAGAGCAGGAGAGGGCAAAGUUGCAGGCUCAGCUCGAGCAGGAGAGCGAGGGGCUUGUAGGCAAGCUCAAGGCGCAAAUCUCGUCGCUCGAGGAGGACCUCGAGGUGUCGCGGGGUAAUGCGGUGGGGCUUCAGCGCGACCUCGAGGACAUGGAAAAGGGGUAUAUAGACCGCAUCGUCAAGCUAGAGGUGCAGAAUCGGGAGAUCUACGAGAUGAUGCGCGAAAAGGCAGGGCAGGAAGAGCUCUUCCCGGGCGGUAAGGCGACGCUUGAUCGGCAAGAGAUGGUGGACACGCUCGAGAGGCAGCUGGAGCGCGAUCGUACCAUUCGCAAGCUCGAGGCAAACGCCAAGAAGCAAGGGCGUGCGCUGCCCCCAUCCGGGCCGGAGCGCGAUGCAGCGAUUGAAGAGGCGCAGAGGCAGCGAAUCUCGCAGGAUGUCCGUCGCGAAUCGCUGAGGAAUCGAGCACAGAUGGAGGACGGCGAGCAGCAGGAUCCUCGUCCGGCGGCCGGCGCCGAGACGGAAGACGAUGAAGACGAGGACGACACGACGGAGGCUGCCAAGUGGCGCAUUCAGGCUACUCUGGCUGCUGGCAUGGCUCAGAACGUCUCUCUCGCUGAUCGCAUGAACGACGCUCGCGCGACGAGGAGGAAGAAAGGAUCACAGCACGGUGCGGAGGGCGCAGACUCGGCGGACAGUAUGGCCUCGCCGCCUGCUCCUCCUCCUCCGCCACCGCCUCCGAUGAUGCCGGGCGCUCAACCAACGUCGCUCCUCGACGAGAUUCGCAAUCGUCGCGCGCUCCGUCCGAGCGAGCCAACGCCAUCCUCGGGAGUCAUCAGCGACAUGGGUCCGCCACCUCCUCCGCCGCCACCUCCCAUGCCGGGCAUGGUCAGCGGCGACAUGGGCCCUCCUCCUGCUCCACCGCCACCACCACCACCGCCUCCUCCGCCGAUGCUUGGCUCUGCAUUCUCGCCGUCAAAUACACCAGCACCCUCUCGCCCAGAUUCGUUUGCCAGCACCGCGAGCGAAGCACCUCCAGCGCCUCCGCCGCCUCCACCGCCAGCACCACCUGCUCCGCCCAUGCCGGGCGUGCCUGCAACACCUCGCGCCGCGGCGCCAGGUGCGAUCCCGCCAACGCCCGCCUCAGCCGCAAGCACAGCCGGGGGCUACCGCGACUCGAUGCUCAACGUGCGUGCCAGCUACACGGGCGACAUCGGUCCUGCUGGUCCCACGGCCGCUCCACCUGCUCCACCCUCGGGCGUCUUUGUCCACCCGUCGACAACGCGCAAAGACGUCGCCGACAUGGCCAAGACGCGCAUGAAGCAGCUGCAGUGGGACAAGCUCUCCCCGCAGCACGCAGCAGAGACAGUCUGGGGCAAGGGCGUCAUCGAGGAGGAGCGUCUCGCGCAGGUCCUCAGAACGGAGGGCUUAUUCGAGGAAAUGGAGGAAGACUUCAAGGCCAAGCAAGCAGCCAAGCGGCAGACUACUGCUGCAAACAAGAAGGACAAGAUCGAGUUCAAGACGCAUCUCUCCUUCCAGACGAGGCAGGGCAUCGAGAUGGUGCUGAAGCGUGUGCGCUCCAGCUUAACAGACUCGAAGCACGCCACGCCGGAGGAGGUGGCGCAUCAUAUUGUCAACUGCAACGACGUGGUGCUCGACCAGUCCUUCCUGACCGAGCUGUUGCGCCACUAUCCCGAGUCAGAGACCAAGGGUCAGCUGGGAGAGUAUCGCAAUGCGUCGGACGACGAGCUGCGUCUACUCCACCCUGCGGACCGCCUCGUUGUGCUCCUCAUGACCGUCCCGCAUCUCAAGGAGAAGGUAAAAGGUCUCCUCUUCAUGACCAAGUACAAGGAGGCUUUCGAGCUCGUCAAGGAAGGCUCCUCCAAGAUCCGUGCCGGCUCAGAAGGUUUGGUCAACGCAGCCAACUUUGCCAAGCUGCUGGGUAUCAUCCUGAUGAUGGGCAAUUACCUCAAUGCGACGGGCGUGCAGGGCGGUGCAUUUGGAUUCAAGAUCUCGUCGAUCAACAAGCUCGUCGACACGAAAGCUUCAGACGGCACGACCCUCCUCCACUUCGUCGAGCGCACGGUAUCGAAAGCCUUCCCCGAGGUCGAAGCCUUCCUCGAAGAGCUCGACGACCCCUCCGAGGCCUGUCGCGUGCAGCUUCUCGACCUGAAGCGCGAGCUCGCCGAGCUGAAGAGUGGCAGCCUCCAGCACAAGAAGGAGCUGGACCGCUUCAUCGACGAGGACGAGACGCACCUGGAGGACCCAUACACGAAGCUCAUGCUCCCCUUCCUCAACGAGGCCACCUCCGACCUCUCCCGCCUGGGCGAUCAGGUGCAAUUCACCGAGCGCACUUACGUUGAUGCAUUGCGCUUCUUUGGUGAAGGACCCGACCCGAAACGUCGCGGUUUUCCCGCCGCCCAGCCGAUGCGUACCGAGGACUUCUUUGGUAUCUUCCGCGAAUUCUCCACGGCAUAUCGCAAAGUCAAGGUGGAUAACGUUCGCAUAUCGGAGCAGCGACAGAUCGAGGCAAAGAGGCGGGCUGCGGCUGAGGAGAGGGAGAAGGAGCGUAUGGAGGCCCUUGCGCGCAAGGAGGCUGGAGUGGAUGACAGUCUUGUGCUGGAGACGUUGCUUGGUAAUCUGAGGAGUGGGGGUGGGACACCAAAGACGAAGCGCAAGGCCAGGGAGAGGGGGGCUGCGAGGAGAGCAAAGGAAAGUUUGGGUGGCGCGGGAAGCCCAAGUACGCCUGGGCUGGAUGGCGUGGAGGAGGCUGUGAGUGGUGAGCCUCGGGGUAUGGCGGCGUCACCGCCAAGGAGCAAGGACCCGUCUGAGCUCGCGCAGGCCAUGCUGGCUAAGCUACAGGGCGGGGGUGUGACCAGUAGUGGGAAUGGGGUUGCGGGCGAAAGUGAAGGUGACGCCGCGGGCUCGACGACCAGUCCUACCCCUCGAGAAAAGUACGCGCGAAGACGUGAGCGGCGAGCAACGUCCAGUGCAGGUGGACGACGCUCGACGAUAGAGGACAGCGCAGCGAGUGGCGUCCCUGGCCGGGCUGCAACGCCAACGAUGCCACCAGCUUCAGCGCCAGCAGCACGGACUUCCCUUCUCGGAGCUGGAGGCGCAGGCAACGGCAGUCAUGACUCAAGCGCGGGAACGGCUUCGAACGACACGGCCUCUACGGCCAGUGCGCCGCUCGCUUUCCAGGCAGGCAGUGAUGACGACGAUGAAGACCAGACCGCCACGCAGACACGCUUCCACAGCGACCUCCUCUCUGCACCUGCGGCGACCUCCAUGGCCAAGCAGCCUUCGAUGAGCUCUUCGUCCGCCGGUGACUUUGAGGACGCGGAUGAGGGGCGCAGCGAGCAGGGCGGGGAGGCCAUCUCUUCGUCCAGCCCUCCUUACCACUCUACAUCGUCCGGUGCAGUCGCAAGCUCUGCGGAUACAUCGCAGCACUCCCUGGGUAUCGUAGACUGGAUCGAUCCCGACUCGUCUGGGUUUGGGAGGCAGACGGAGGAGGAGAUGCGUGCUCUCAAUACCGUCUACGCGCUUGUCGCUGUCGGCAUGGCGGGACUUACCACCAGCCACGCGCAGCCUACCAACCAGGUGCCAUUCGGCGUAUCAGCAGCUGCAGCUCCCUUCCCUUCCCCGCCGUACGAUGGCAUCAUGGAGGGCAGGCAGGGCUUCAGCGACGACGUCGACAAUGAGACGGUGACAAAGUUUAGCCACCCUUCUCUCCCCGCCCACUCCCUCCGCCUGCAUCGCCUACCUUCCACCCUCUGCGAGUCCAAUCCGCACACCCGCUCCUGGGCAGGCUAUCUCGACGUGGACCUCGACAAGCUCUGGGAGCCGCACGCCAACGAGACGCAGCACGAAAAGGAUCGCUGGGCGAAGCAUCCUCGCGGGGUGAGCGAGCACUUCUAUUUCGUCUUCUUCGAGGCGCGCAACAAGCCAACGAAGCCCUUCGAGGGGACAGAGACGGACGUCAUCCUCUGGCUGAACGGUGGGCCCGGUUGCUCCAGCUUCACGGGGUUGCUCAUGGAGAAUGGACCCUGCAGCAUCAAGAAGGGUAAGAACGGUGCCGUCUAUACCGAGCCAAACCCAUACUCGUGGAACAACAAUGCCUCGGUUCUCUACUUGGACCAGCCGGCCGGCGUGGGUUUCUCGUACACUGCCUGGACCAAUGGCACGAAGAAUGAGCUGGAGAAGCCCCCACCGGCACGCGUGUGGGACACGGCAGCCGCAGCGAAGGACACGUCCGCCUUCCUGCACUUGCUGGCCCUCCAUGCCGAGCAGCAGGGAGCACUGGGAGGCAAAGGCAGCCCGUUCGCUCCACGCGCUCACAUAGGCAAGAAACCGCGCCUGCACAUCGCAGGGGAAAGCUACGGUGGCCGUUACGUCCCUCUCCUCGCGCACCAGAUCCUCAAGGACAAUGCAGAAGCCAAAGCUCACCCUGAGCGCGGUCUGAAGCCUCUCCCGCUCAAUUCAAUCUUGAUCGGCAACGGGUGGUCGUCCCCGAUCCAUCAAUACCCCGCCUACGUGAGCUACGCGUGUGACAACCCGCUUCACCUCGAUCGCGGGCCGUUCUACAACGAGUCGCAAUGCGAGCAGGCACGAACCGACCUGCCUACCUGCCUUGCCCUCACAAAGAAGUGCAACUCGCCCAAGCCAGACGACGACACGCACUACGAUGCCCUCGCCUGUCGUAUGGCAACGGAGUACUGCGAGAAGAAGCUUGCCGAUCCAUGGGACAAGACUGGCCGGUCGCCUUACGAUUGGCGCCAUAAGGGCGAGUACGAGGAGGAUGCCUGGAUCACCACAUUCCUCAACGAUCCAAAGACGAAGAAGGCCUUUGGCGUCGACAAGCUGUACGGGGAUCACCACAAUGGCACCUUCAUGGGUUGCUCGGAUGCCGUGUUUUCUCAUUUCGGCAAGUCUGGCGAUGGGGCUCGCGACUCGACUUGGGCUGUCCGCGAGGCCCUCGAGGCAGACAUCAGGGUGGGCAUCUACCACGGCGAUGCGGACUUUAUCUGCAACUACCAAGGAGGGGAGAGAUGGACGUACGACUUGGAGUGGUCCGGCGCUGAGAAGUGGCGCAAGAUCCCGAGCGAGGUGUGGUAUGCCCAUCCGUACGACGAGGACAGGAAGCCCGUGGGCGUCUUUAGGUCGGAUGGGGUGCUCAACUAUAUCACUGUGUGGAAUGCGGGGCAUUUUGUGCCGCAUGACCAGCCUGAUACGGCGCUUGCCUUGAUCAAUUUUUGGAUGUAUGAUGGGUACCCGGGUGGGGAGAGGGCCUGA